CCGGCGAGAUGGGAAAAAUGGCCACGGUUUUAGGCUCUGUGGCUACGUUGGCGACGGAGCCGGGGGAGGACGCUUUUCGGAAGCUUUUCCGCUUCUACCGGCAAAGCCGCCCCGGGACCGCAGACCUGGGAGGGGUCAUCGACUUCUCGGCGGCCCAAGUAACCCGCGGCACGGGGCCCGGUGCCCACAAGGUGGUCAGAUCUCAGCUAAGUGUGUCCUCAGUCAGUGACCAUGAUGCAUACAGAGCAGGACUUCAGCCAGUCAGCAAGUGGCAAGCUUAUGGACUCGAAGACUAUCCUGGAUUUAUUUUCAUCCCAAAUCCCUUCCUCCCAGGUUAUCAGUGGCACUGGGUGAAGCAGUGUCUUAAGUUAUAUUCCCAGAAACCUAAUGUAUGUAACCUGGACAAACAUAUGACUAAAGAAGAGACCCAAGAUCUUUGGGAACAGAGCAGAGAGUUUCUAAGAUACAAAGAAGUGAAUAAACGGAGACCCCGAAGCUUACUAGAGAAACUGCGAUGGGUGACCCUAGGCUACCAUUAUAACUGGGACAGCAAGAAAUACUCAGCAGAUCAUUAUACACCUUUCCCUUCUGACCUGGCUUUCCUCUCAGAGCAAGUAGCUGCUGCCUGUGGGUUUCAGGGUUUCCGAGCCGAAGCAGGGAUCCUGAAUUACUACCGAUUGGAUUCCACGCUGGGCAUUCACGUAGAUAAAUCUGAACUUGAUCACUCCAGGCCCCUGCUAUCAUUCAGCUUUGGACAGUCUGCCAUCUUUCUCCUUGGUGGCCUCAAAAGAGAUGAAGCCCCCACAGCCAUGUUUAUGCACAGCGGUGACAUCAUGGUAAUGUCAGGUUUCAGUCGCCUGUUGAACCAUGCAGUUCCAAAGGUUCUUCCAAGUUCCAACGGGGAGAGCCUGCCUUGCUGCCUAGAAACACCUCCCCCGGCUGUCGUCCCCAGAGAUUCGGUGGUAGAGUGCUGUUCUGCGGAGGACUGGCAGGUGUGUGCCAGCUACUUGAAAACGGCUCGUGUUAACAUGACUGUCCGACAGGUACUGGCCACAGACCAGGACUUCCCUUUGGAACCCACGGAGGAGAAUAAAAGAGACAUCACUGCUGAAGGUUUCUGCCACCUAGAUGACGAGAAUAGCCAAGUAAAACGAGCUAGGUUAAACCCUGACAGCUGAGACUGGGAGAGCCCACUCCUUUUACUUAGGCAGAUCUUAUAGUAAAUGACUGCACCAUUUUGUAUUGCCAUUGGCUUCAGCACCAAGACAGGCCAAAACAGAGACGGGAAAACUCAUCAUUGAUCACACUGUUGCCUUGGAACCCCUUCUGAAGAGUGAACCGACUCAUCACAAACACUGCACUGCCUAACCAGGACUGGACCAGACCGGUGUUUGACAUGGUGCAGUCCUGCUUAGGCAGUGAGAAACCCAAGGAGGUAGGACAUUCUACAAGAGCCUUCUCAGCCUCUCGAUUACCUCUGAGGGAAGUAGAAAUGAGUUUCCAUGGCUGUGGAGUCUUUAAAUACCUCAGAUUUUGUUAAUGGGAAAUGUGAUAGCCCUCCCACCAACCUAUCUAGUGAUUUUGUGAUAAAAUUGCAGUUCCAUGAACCAGC